CGAGGCCGAGCCUGUGAAGGAGGGAGGAGGAGCUGGGUGUUGCCUCUCCUCCCUCCACAAGCUCUGGAAGUCAAGUCUGGGGUUCCCAGUUGAGCUCGAGCCCGUUAUUUGCCCGCACUUCCACGUUUCUGCUACUCGGCUGCCAGUUACCUGCAUUAUCGGACCACCAUGGGAGUCGAAGGCUGCACCAAAUUCAUGAAAUACCUGCUGUUUUUCUUAAAUUUCAUCUUCUGGCUUGCUGGAGGUGUGAUCCUGGGCGUGGCCCUUUGGUUGAGACAUGACCAAACGAUCAGCAACCUGAUGUCACUUGAAGUGGACGGAGCCCAUGCCCCCACCUCCUUCUACACCUGUGUCCACAUUCUGAUUGCAGUGGGCACUGUGAUGAUGGUGGUCGGUUUCCUUGGCUGCUACGGCGCCAUUCAGGAGUCCCAGUGUUUAUUGGGAACUUUUUUCGUCUGCCUGGUCAUCCUGUUCGCCUGUGAAGUUGCUGCUGGGAUCUGGGGUUACAUGAACAAAGACACUGUUUCAGAGGAAAUGAAGAACUUCUAUGACUCUGUCUAUGACAUGGCCAUGUCAGACACCCUUACUGACCCAAAUAAAAAGUCGGCUGUUGGACAGGUGCUCAAGGUCUUCCAUGAGACGCUUCAAUGCUGCGGUAAGGACAAGGUGACCUCAGUUUUCUCAGUGAUAACAAGUAAAGUCGGCUUUCAGGACGUCUGCUCCAGCCAAUAUGCCUUAGUUGACUGCCACGGGAAAAUCAACGCACUCUUUUCAGAGAAGAUUCAUCUGGUGGGAAUCGCUGCGCUGGUGGUUGCUGUCAUAAUGAUCUUUGAGAUGAUCUUCAGCAUGGUGUUGUGCUGCGGGAUCCGCAACAGCCCCGUGUAUUAAAGCAGCUGAGUGGAUAGAAGAACCACAUCAGUCACAGCCUGUUUUUCUUUUCUUUUUUACAUCAAAUUAUCUCAUAUGAUGCUUGCUGGAUUUAGUCAGCUCUUUAAAAUGCUGCCCUAAAAAAAAAAAAAUAAUAAAAAAUUCAUUACACUGUUCCAUGUUUUUUUUUAUUCACAGAUGCUGUCAUAUACAAGCAGCCCUAUCCUUUUAUAAUUUGUAGUGUGUUUUUAUGCAAUCAUUCAUUGGUUCCAAUCACCGGUCAAGGUGCUGUAGUUCUUUGGAGUUUUUUUUUUAAGUUUGUUUCGUGUGUAUUGGUUUUUACUUCAGUCCUGCCUAUGAACAUGCUCAUACAUUCUCUGUAUUAUGGGUUUAUUUGACUGUUUUCUGUAUAAACUGUAUAUAAAUAUAUGUUAACAGUGCUUUAUGUCUGCCUGAGCAUAGAUAUGGUAUUACACAAGGUGUCUAUCCAGUAGUUUCUCUUUACUAACCUCUGCUUGAUUGUCUCGCUUUAGACUGUGUGUUACUAACACUACAGCGGUCGGCCUUAUCGACAGACGAAGCUCACCCCACGUCCAUGUUAAUAUGGUAUGUCUGCAUGAAACUAGUUCAUUUCAAACGCUGUUGGGAACACCAGUCACCAGUGUUGCCUGCAAGUAUUUACUAAUCUUAGGGGAAAAAAAAGUUCUUUCACUUAAACUAAACGUUUAGAUCUUUAUUUACCCUCAUCAGCUGCCGUAGUGAAUUUAAAA